AUGGACAUGGCUUGCCUAAACUUCUUCUUCGUAAUCUUGACCACUUUGUAUGCUGCUGGUGUCUCCUCCGCUUCAUCGACUACGAUACACCCUUUUACUUGCUCUGCCUCUCAUGACAUUCGGAGCUGCAAUUCCGAGUUGUAUCACGUUUAUACAGGCCAUGAAAUUGGAGAUAUAGUCUAUUUCUACUCGGUCAGUGUAUCCGACGUCAAGCCUGUGAACUUCCGUGGUCAGAAUAAAAAGGACUAUCGUGUCUCUGUGCCUUGCAGUUGUAAGAACAUUGAUGGCAUAGACAUGUAUGUGUAUGAUACCAAAUAUAUAGUUAAACCAGGGGAUAGCUUUGAGAGAGUUGCAGGUGAGUAUUUCAGCAGGCAAGCUUUGAGAGUGGAAGGCAAUAAGAGCUCCAUACACCUUGUGUGUGGGUGUGUGAAGAAGUCCCAGGUGGUUGUGACAUACACAGUUCAAGAACAUGACACUUUAUCAGAAAUUGGACAGCUUUUAGAGGCAUACCAGUCUGAAAUUGAGAUAUAUAAUAUGAACUUUACAUCAGAUCCUAGCUUUGUCGAUGUAGGUUGGGUUCUGUAUGUGCCGUCGGAGAAGAAUGGAAUUCGAGCUGAGCAUCGAGGAAAAAGACUCAAAGUGGCUGUAGUUAUAGGUGUAGCAGCUGUUUGUGUUGUUUUCGUAGCCACCUUCAUCGUGAUCAUUCUCAUGAGGAAUAGGAUCUGUUGGAACCUAGGGGAUGAUGUGCACCUUGUGAACUCAAGUGUGAAAAAACGUUCAUCACUGAAGCAACAGUUUUUUAAAAAGGAAAUGGAAGAAACUUUUGAGAGUGAGAAACCGGCUGUAUACACUAUGGAGGAAAUCAAAGAAGCUACGAAUAACUUCGAUGAUACCAGAAAGAUUGGGGAGGGUGGCUACGGAUGUGUUUACGUUGCCAUAUUGGGAGAAGCAGAGGUUGCAAUUAAGAAUAUGAGAUCUACCAGAACAAAAGAAUUCUUUGCUGAGCUGAAGGUGUUAUGCAAGAUACAUCAUAACAAUGUGGUGGAGCUGCUGGGAUAUGCUAGUGGAAGUGAACAUCUUUGUUUGGUAUAUGAGUUUGUUCAGAAUGGAUCUCUCAAUGACCAUCUUCAUGAUCCAUUGUUGAAAGGUCGCCAACCACUUUCAUGGACUGCAAGAGCACAGAUAGCCUUGGAUACUGCUAGAGGGAUUGAAUACAUUCAUGAUCACACGAAGAAGCGCUAUGUCCACCGUGAUAUAAAAACGAGUAAUAUCCUACUUGACGAAGGACUCAGAGCCAAGGUAGCAGAUUUUGGGCUAGUAAGGUUAGCGGAAAGGUCUAACGAAGAAGAUACUGUUGCAACUCGUGUGGUUGGAACACCCGGUUACAUUCCUCCUGAAUCGGUGCGGGAGCUACAAAUGACAUCUAAGAGUGAUGUAUAUGCAUUUGGAGUGGUUUUAGGUGAGCUAAUAACUGGUCAGCGUGCCAUUGUUCGUGACAACCGAGAACCAAAAAGGAUGAGAUCACUUGUCUCAAUUUUAUAUGAAGUAUUCAAAGAUGAUGAUCCAGAGAUUGCUUUGGAAGCUAAAAUAGAUGGUAAUCUGAACGGAAGUUACCCCAUAGAAGAAGUUUACAAGAUGGGAGAGAUAGCAAGAUGGUGUUCAAGUGAAGAUCCAAUAAACCGGCCAGAGAUGCGAGACAUUGUACAAUCACUCUCUCAUAUUCUAUUGUCCUCAGUAGAAUGGGAUGCAUCACUUGGAGGGAAGAGUGAGGUCUUCAGUGGAUUAGUCAGUGGAAGAUAACAUGAAAGACCAAUCACGACAUGACCGCUUGAGCUACAUUGAAAUGGUGAAUGUGUCCCUUGAUCACUUGGCCAGCCUGUUAUCAAAGAAGUAGGACAAGUGUACUAAAUUUUUCCAUGUUCAACUGUCCCAAAAUCUUUGUAUCUACUGCAGUUGUAACUUAUACACCAUUGAGAAAUGAGCAAGCAAA